UUACUUUCCUGUUUACUACUCGCUUCCAUUCGAAGUCCGAAACUCGGUUGCAACAGUCUCAACGGCCGGACUGUAGUGCUAAACGGUUAUAGCUAAUCGUUUUGUUGCAUUUUUUUGCACCAGCGAAAGCGACAUUCCUGUGGACGACUUUGAAUAGUUUCCAGUCAUGUUGUAAUUCAGCAGAAAAAUGAAGACGUGACACUGUGGAGCGUGACUAGGCCGGGAGUCCUGCGGGUUUCCUGAGUGAGGUGCCCGCCCGCUCGUCCCGCUCAUGCUCGCCGUCUCUCUCGGAUUGUCUCGGGACUCUGUUUAUUCGGACUGAGAAUAUGAAACAGAGACAUUUUCGAGAAGCUUCGUUCUCAGACAAGGCGGUUACCUGCUUUUGUUGUAAACGGACAGGACUGUUAAUGUGGUAGCUGACCGGACUGUUCUGUUGUUUGCCGGCUGUGGUAGUCCGAGUCUCACUGAAAGGCUCCAGUAGGCUCGGCUGCGUUAGUUAGCUUGCUUGCCGGUGCGGGAGUUAACUAGCUGCACAGCUAGUUAACGUACCAGUCAGCGUUAGGGGGUAUCAGCUCGCCGGUACCCUGAACACUAGACGUCUCCCCGGCUCCGGCCCCCUUAAGCGGGCGGUGAGGAAGAAGCUGGCCGGUAAGGGAUGGCCUGGAGGCUCGUCCCGGCCUCAGGGAGCGGCGCUGUUUGAGGGAGGGCAGGUCCGGCUGGAUCACACGACCGGCCGCGGCGCGAAGAUGGCCGCUGCCGCGUCUGGAGCCACGGCUCGGAAGAGCGAGGAGAUCGCGGAUCUGAUAGACUUGUUUUCCAAGACCCAGUACAGAGCGAAGGAGGUUACCCCGCGGGUGGAGAGAAUAGAGAAGCGAUGCCUGGAGCUGUUUGACCGCGACUACAAGUUUAGUAUCAUCCAAAACAGCAACGGCGAGGUGUGCGGCCACUACCCACGGCAGAUCGUCUACUUGGAGUAUGAAAGCACUGAGCCCAAUAAAGAAAGCUUUGAGAGUACAGUGCAGAUCAGUAAGCUGCAGGAUCUGGUGAACCGCAGUAAGCUGGCCCGCUGCAGGGGGAGAUUCGUCUGUCCAGUCAUUCUCUACAAUGGCAAGCAUGUGUGUAGGUCGUCCACGCUGGCGGGAUGGGGGGAACUGUACGGACGCACCGGUUACAAUUACAUCUUCUCAGGGGGAUCUGAUGACACUUGGGCAGAAUCAGAAGAAGUGCCAGAGGAUGAUACUGCGGUCCGAAAUGGAGAUUCGCAGCUGUUUGAUAAGGUGAGGGGUUCGGACAUUAAGCUGCUGAAGUAUCUGUCCGUGCGCUACAUCUGUGACCUCAUGGUGGAGAAUAAGAAGGUCAAGUUUGGCCUGAAUGUCACCUCUUCUGAGAAGGUAGACAAGGCCCAGCGCUAUGCAGACUUCACACUGCUCUCUGUGCCUUAUCCAGGGUGUGAGUUCUUUAAGGACUAUAAAGACAGAGACUACACAGCAGAGGGUCUCGUCUUUAACUGGAAUCAGGACUUUGUGGAUGCUCCCUUGACAAUCCCUGCCUGUUUUACCAAGAAUCUGAACAUUGACUGGCGUGAAUAUCAGUCAUGGGACCUGGUGCAGCAGACCCAGAAUUACCUAAAGCUGCUUCUGCACAUCAUCAACAGUGAUGAUGAGAGUGGACUGUUGGUGCACUGUAUAUCAGGCUGGGACAGGACUCCACUCUUUGUGUCCCUUCUUAGACUUUCUCUGUGGGCUGAUGGUGCUGUUCACGUCAGCCUGGAGCCAGCAGAGAUUCUGUACCUGACCAUCGCUUAUGACUGGUUUCUCUUUGGUCACAUGCUGCCUGAUCGUCUCUCUAAAGGGGAGGAAAUUUUCUUUUUUUGCUUCAAUUUUUUGAAGCACAUUGUCUCUGAGAAGUUCUCAGUCAUUAGGAAGCAGAGGAGGAAAAACUCUCAGUUCAAAGACACUGAUUUCACAGUGGAUGACCUCUGCCAGCUAAAGUCCAGAGACAGGGGCAGUGUGACCAGUCUGAGUAGUGAUUUCUCUCUGAUAACUGAGGAUACAAGUGCUCCCUCCAGUCUGCCUCCUGAACCUGUAGACCUGAUCUCCAUUGGGCCUCAGGCCUCCAGCGGGAGGAAAGCUAUGAACUCGUCUCCUCAGACUGUGUUUUGGAACCGGCCAGUCCCAUUUGAAGAGCGACUACCUCAUCCACUCACAGAGGGCAGGUCCUCUAGUUCCUCAUCCUCCAACCAAUCAGAGCAGGGCUUAAUUCGGACAGGCAGUAGCCCUUUGGCUGUGCCAGGGAGAAGGUCUAUGGUGGAGUAUGCUCGUUCUGGCUCCUCACUCUCUACAGAGUAUGGUAGUUGGCAGAUCGUUUCAGGCUGUGGAAGUAUCCAUGACGCUACUCCUCUCCCGACGGAGUCACCCCUGCCCUUCAGCUUCCAGGACGAGGGUCCUAGCGGCCGCAUGUGUAUGUAUGGAUCAGAGAGGCAGGCUCGGUUGGAGGCGGUGAGGGAGCUGUUUUUGGCGGCCUACAGCUCCACAGUGGGGUUGAAGUCUUCCUCUCCCAGCUCGUCCGGGGCGAUCUCUGGGCUGCUGGAGCAGUUUGCACGUGGUGUUGGCCUCCGAGGCACCAACACCAUUGUCUGAGUCCAACCCCUCCUUUCUUCCUUUCUGUCAUUUGUGCUGUCCUCUCUUAUUUCUGUCUUUCCGUCCUGCGUGUGUGAUAGCGAUGAAUCACCAAGAGAAGUGUUCCCAGUUCUCUCUCAUCUCUUCAGUUUGACAUUUUCCUUUUCACUCCAUCCUGAUUUAUCAUCCACCGUAUUUGUCUUAUGUAGUACAUGUGUAUUUUAAUACCUCUCAUAAAAGAUCACAUCUGUGUUCAAAUCCAGAAGCAGUAUAUUGUUCUUCACAAAUAGCCUCCAAAGAAAUCUGCCACCCACCUGCUGUUCUCUUUUUUCCAUUCCCCUCAUUUCCCUCCAUCCCUCUAUAUGGACACCAUUUUACUUGGACUUACAAAGGAGAAGAAAAGUGCCAAACUUUAACUCUGGGGCUACCUUUUAUUUUUGUUUUUCCUUUAAAAUUUUUAUUUACUACUUUUGUUUUUACACACCAAAUGUGACUGUUCAGGUGCCUCUAGUAAAUUUAAGCUUAAACAUAAUUAACACUACUUUCCCCCUGUCCUUUGUCCCCUAGUUUUGCCCUUGCUUGUUUGUAUAGUCAAGGCAGUAAGAUGUGAGGGCAUGAAUGAAAGAGUAAAUACAAAAAGGGAAAAGGGUUUCUUUCAACUCUCUUCAUAUUGCUGAAGCCAUAUUGCUGCCCCAAGAAAAUGGCUCUUGGAAAAAAAAUUAAAAUGUCAUGUCUAAAUGGACCUCCAAGGCUGUGAAGGAGAAAAAAGAUGAAAAGAAACAAGAACAUGUCAGAACUACAGCCUGCCCACAGGUGUGUAACUGUAAGAGGAAAAUCUUGUCUCUUUGUCUUCCUUUGGGACAAACUCUGUGUGAAAAAGCUGCUAGUCAUGUUUCAGCCCUGAUAUUUGUUUAGAAACAGCACUUGGGAAGUAGAAAUGUGGCAAUGGUGUUUCUUUUUUCUAGGGAAAAUUACCAUUUAUAAAUAGAUUUAGAGAAAUUGUCCUUUUGUUUACUUUUAUUACCUCUUUUCCUUGUCUUAACAUACUAAAUACCUAAAACUUAAGAUUGAUCUGAAAAAUUCUGAAAAGUGAAAAAUUCUGCUGUGUCUGGCCUGGAGGAUGGUUGGUCUGUCUGAUUUAACCAAGUGGGAGCUAAGGUUUCACUGCAAACUUUCCCAUGUAAGACAGGUUAGCAGUUCAACCUUUUAAACUCAGAAAUCCAAGCCCAUCAUGCAGUUGGUCAUGAUUCAAUAUAAUUGUUUGUUAGAUGUUUUAUGUAAAAUUGUGCCCCUAUUCUUAAUUUGGUAUUGCUGUACUGUUCAUAUUUAGGCUUCAACAAGCAUAAAAGUAGCAGACUUAGUAACUGGCAGUUCUCGAAAAACCCUCCAAAAACUAGGAAAUGGUUCUAAUUACAAUCACAAGAUCGCACCUGUUAACACAGUAUAUACUCCAUGCUCACUGUGAGGUCAGUUCUACUACUGCACACACUUUCGUCAGUUCCUUUCUAGCCCUUAAGCUUGCUGAGUUGGCUGUUUUGGUCAAACCCAGACGUUUGAAUCUACAGUAACAUCAGUAAAUGUAAAAGCAUUAGCAAAUAUUUUCCAUCAGAUCUAUGAUGUUGUAACUGCACCUGAUAAUGCAAUGCAACCACUAUCACCACUCAUCUGUAUCUCACAACUGUUUUGAUUACUUGUGGGGUUUUGACAGAUGUUUUAGUCUAAAGGUGACAGGUGGCUGAAUAUGAAGCGAAGGUAGCACUUAAAGUUCAGCAUUUAGAACUUAGGAUUUGUUUGUCUUCUUAAUGCCAAACAGUUUCAAUGCCUUUUUACCUCAGGACCAUGUGUUGUGCCUUUUUUGUUUUUAAUAUGGGGCUCGAUUUUUUUUUUUAAAGUGUCUUUUUUUUCUGGCAAUUAUAGUAUGUAUCUUGAAAUUCAAAUGCUUGAUUUUUUUUAUUGCUUCAGACUCUUCAUGGGUUGGAACACUUCUUGAAUAAGCCUGUUCUGGCCUUUAAUCCCCUCACGUUUGCUUUUGCAAGAUUUGCUGUGUUUAUUUUUUUGGUUAUACAGAUUGUUGCAGAAAUGUUCUCAUUCAGUCAGACUUUCCAAAAGCUGAUUAUGUUUGGACUUACCCCAUGCUGGGUACCUCCAAGAACAUUUCUGAGCUUUCUGCGGUCACAUUGAUCAAAAUGAAUUUUUGUUUAUCAUGCCCACAUCACUAGAUCACUAUUUUCAGAGAUCUGUCCCACACAUGCACAGUUGUUGUACACACAAAAGUGGGUAUCCAGCAUUAAAAUGAUUAUCAUAGGAGUUGAGCAUUUUGCAUGAACUUGCUCCUUUUUUCCUUUGUUUUCUGUCACCCAACUCAAAAAUGUAAAGUUGGGACUUUUUUCAAUGUGGAAAAUGAACGGUUUGACGUUUAACUUGAAGAUAUACUUUUAAUUAUAAUCUGUUUCUUUUUCUGUGUUGUAUAAGGAACUGCUCAUUUGCACUCAUCCUUUCAUAACUGUAGAGAGUGGUGCACCCUUUUUUUGUUUGUACAGGCUUUGGUUUUAAUUUUAACUUUAUUGAUUCUCUAUUAAUAUUCCCCUUACUGUGGCCAAGGAGACGUGGGACACAGAGGGUUAUGUUCUUCCGGUGGAAAUAAAAGGAAUCAAAUCAAA